CGAAAACAAGGGAAAGCCUGGGACUUGCUGGGAUAUGGCCAUUAAUAGGGUGCGGAGAAAAGAAGGGCAAAGGCUCGGACUUUUCUAUGGACGUAGUUUUCACCUGUUUGAUAACAAUAUAACUGAGAACUUAUGUUUUCCCAUUCCACUGUUCCAUUAAGUAAUGUGGCGGACCAUCGGAGCCCCUGAGCUGCAACAUUUUUUAGAAGAUUGGAAGUUAAAACCCUUGUUCAGUCCAACCGACCAUUGCUGCUCGGCCCACAGAGACACAGCCCCGUAACUUCUCUUCUCCUCGCCGCCCCGCCCCGCCCCGCCGAAAGUUCACCCUCUCCUUGUCGCUCUAGCCAUCCAGGAACCGAGGAAAGCUAGCAGCAGAGAGAAUCACAAGGUUAUUGCAGAGGAAGUUAUCAAAUGCAACCUUAGUGCUGCAAAGUUGUUGAAUGGUUUCAACCACCAAGAAAAUGGCUCUCGUUUUAAUCCCCGCACCACAUUACAAUGCCCCCAUAAAUUCCCCAUCCAACCCUCUCUCUCUAAAAACAAGCAAAGUGCUGUUCUUCACCUGCAAAUUUAUGUUGGUCAACUAGUUAUUCACUCCCCUCCCUCUAGAGCACUCUGCGAUGACUAGAAGGCUUCCUGCUACAAUUUGUAAAUGCGUAAUCUACAGCAGGGAAUAACCAAGCCAGCUUCUGUGCGAGUGGGAGGGAGAACCCAGUUUAAUCCCAUCAAAUAGUUCCAUGGCUUCGAGCUUCUUCCUCCUCUUGAUGCUCUUGGUUGUGGCCCCUCUUGCGUUACUUCUGUUCCUACGACUCAUUGCACGACCUCGCCUCACUAAGGUCCCUAUAAAGGGACGGCAUGUGCUCAUUAGUGGUGGGUCAAGUGGCAUCGGGCUAGCCAUGGCAGAGCUGGCAGCAAUGGAGGGUGCCAGCUGUGUCUCCAUCUUGGCCCGUGACCCCCGCAAAUUGGAGGAUGCCAAAUGCCAAAUCCAACUCUCCACAGGUCUACCUGAUGAUCGUGUACGCGUGCUCAUUGCUGAUGUGCGCGAUUUCGAGGGGGUGAAGCGAGUGGUUGAGGAGGCUUCAGCUGGUGGUCCACCUGUGGAUGUGUUGGUGUGCAAUCAGGGGGUAUUUGUACCACAGGAACUGGAGUCUCAGGAGAUGGAUACGGCCAAAUACAUGGUUGACAUCAACCUCAUUGGCACCCUCCACUUGAUCAAAGCUGUCCUCCCCCAAAUGAAGCACAGAGAUGACCCCUCCACCCCUGCCUCCAUCGCCCUCAUGUCUUCUCAAGCCGGACAGGUGGGAAUCUAUGGGUAUGUAGCUUACUCCGCAAGUAAAUUUGGCCUUCGCGGACUAGGAGAGGCAUUACAGCAGGAGGUCAUUGUAGACAACAUUCGUGUGUCCCUUAUAUUUCCACCAGAAACGCAAACCCCAGGGCUAUUGGAAGAAAACAAGACAAAGCCUGAGAUCACUAAGAUCAUUGCAGCCUCUUCCUAUGCAAUGGAGGCCAAGGAAGUUGCCAGGAAAGCUCUAGAUGGCAUAAAAGCCGGGAGAUUCAUUGUGACAUGCAAUUUUGAGGGAUUCAUGCUCUCAAUUGCAACAGCAGGUGUCUCUCCUCAGACAUCAUAUGGCAUGGCAUUCAUUGAAGUGGUAGCUGCUGGUUUUAUUCGUGUUGUCGGCCUUUGUUUCCUUUGGAACUGGUUUGGUAUUGCCGAGAGGUGGCAUGCCGAAAGAAAGAAGGUACUGUUAUACUGUAUGAGGAAUGAGUUUGCAUACUAUCCCCUUGGUAAGACCAUACAUCACCAAAUCUUUUCUCACUACUUCUAUCCAUGUUCAUUUGGGCAUUCCCUUUGCUCUUCUAGAGCCUUCCACUUGAACCAAGUCGCACCUCUUAACCGGUGUUGUACUAAGUUUGCCUUGCACAUAGUCAGCCCACCCAAGUCUACUUUUCUAUAUCUUUGUCACCUAUUGAAGCUACACAUAAGUUCACUUGUAUAUAUUCAUUUCGAAUUCUAUCUUUUCUUGUCUUGCCACGCAGCCAUCUCAAUAUCUUCAACUCAGCCGCACUCAUCCUAUGGAAUAUAAACAUCCAUUUAAUGAAUUACAAUUCAUCUUGGAAACUGAUUUGACUUCCUGGAAACUAAAUUAACUAUAAGGUAAUAUAAAAACACAUGGAAAAAGUAGUAUUUGAUGGACUCAGAAGGCCCUUAAGAAAUACCAGUUUGAUGCCAAAUACAAGUUAAGAAUCAGUAUAGAGGCAUGAUGACAAUUAUAGAAAAGUCAUACAAUUGGAGUCAUCUGAGUCAAUCAACCUAUGUACCUGGAUCCUUCUGUUCGAGUGUUGUAUGCUUGUCCAACACGCAUUGGCUCACAUGCCUGCCAGAUUCUUCUGGAUUCUUCUUGUGUGUUAAGUAUUGGUUACAUGGAUUUUAUCUUCUUUUUUGUUCUUACUAGACAAAUUUGAACUUUGAAAAUGUUUAUGCGAUCUUGAAAUAUGACAUGAAUUCAAUUUUAGCCAAAUAAGGUAUAAGUUUAUUAUUUAUUUAUUAUUUCUUGCUAUUAAUAUUGCAAUGGAAUAUUAGUGGAUUUGUUUUUGGAUUUGGUUAAUAUAUCGAUGCUGCCAAAUACUCUUCGUCAUGGCAUGAGGAAUCCGAUACCCGUAUCAGACACUGACGCAUGUACUCUUGUCCAUGUGAAAUAACAAUCAACUAGUCACUGGAUAUUUGAGAACCCAAUUUUUUAUAAUUUAGAGGGAGCAAUAAGUUGGACAACAACUUCAAAGAAACAAUUCAUUGGACAACUAUUGAAUCUAUCAAUGGGAAAAAUGCUUGAAUGAUGAUAGUAUUUGUGCUGGCUGAGACUAUCAGAACAGAAUAAGCUUGCUGGGCCCUUGUUCAUAUAUUGGUCGCUAGCUUUUGUGUUCUCUCUAUAGUGAGGCAACUACUAUGGGGACUCUACAUAUUGUUGUCGUUGAAACUUGUUAUAAUACAACUUGUUAUUAUAUCAAGCGUGCUGCAGCUAACAUGAGACUAACCCUCAUUUUGGCAAUAGUUCUCAUCAUCACCCUCGGAGCCUUUUCCAACUAUUUGUGGUCAGCUACAAAAGGGGGUUCCGUUGCCGGGGUUAUAGUUAUCUCAACCAUUUGGCAAUAAUUUUUAGAAAAGAUAAUUUUAUGCAAACCACGUGUCAUAUAGUUAUCUCAACCACAAAUAACUAUGCAUGAUGUCUGAAGGAUUCCUACCUUAGUUUAUACCUCCAUAGUUUUUGCCAAAAUGUAAUCUAUGUUUUGCCAUGUUUCACUAUGGAUCUGUAUUCAUGUCAUUGUGGAAGUUUUACUUAUGUGAUCUUCAUUGUCCUCAAGAUGCUCUAUGUAGUUCUCUACAGGAAGCCACACGAUAUGUAGGAGGAAUGAGGUCCUCAUCAGCAUUGAUAAGUAGGUUAGUCUUUCUUCCCAAACAAGGGGACUACACUGCAAGUUCAUUCUCUCUAAGGUGCGGUACAUUAUUGAGAUGAGCUAGAUGCUAUAAAGGUCUAACAAAAAAACGGAGCAGUAAUUUUUAUGGGAAAGUAAAAAAAAAGAAAAAAAAGAAAAGAGAAAAGUAAUGUCAAUCCAGCUUUUCUAAUUUUGGCUUGUCAAUUUUCCUAUAAAUUUUUUUUUUUGAUGUUAACUUUGUGCAAAUUUGAUGCGCUUUACCUAUAAAAUAGUUCAUGUUGUGAUGCAUAUGACAUUUCCACGCAGUCCUUAUCCACGCAAUGGGUUAUGCUAUUUAAUUUACAUGCACUUUACUGGAGAUGGUUGGCAGGUAAGAUGAGUAAUUCACUUUUUAAUAUAUUUUUUUGGGAUAACUAGGAACAUAAGUAGUUGAGGACGGAGUUGCUCAAAGCCUCAAAGAAGUCUCAGCAGGCAUUUUUACUUCAUGAUGCGUAGAGAUAGUUUGUAUUUAUGAGGUGUCAAGAAUGUGGACACCGGCCUUGUUUGGUGGUAAACUCCUAUUUCUUUUAUCAUUCGUUUUUCUUGGGGUAAAUUUUUGUUGUUCAUUUCCGUGAAUGCUUUUCCUAAGUUUCAGUCUCCAAAAUUUCUGUUUGAGGCUAUCUGGAGCUUAUCUCCAUUGUCUUUAAUUUAGACGAUGAACUGGUCAAAUUUGUAUGGUUUGAUGGAGUUUUCCCCUGGUGUUGUAGUUCAUGGAUUUGGAACAGAAUACACAAACUUGAGGAUGAGGAGAACAAGCCGUGUCCUUUUUUAGCAGCAUUUAUUUGUACCUACUGUGCCCUUUUUUCUCUUUUCAGUAAUUGAAAAAUGUGUUUUGAAAGGAUCUUUAA